AUGUUCAAGACUCUUGCGGACAAGGCCAGCUCGGCCGUCUCCUCCCUUCGCGGUAGCGCAGCCCCGUCCGCCGUACCCAGCCCAGCACCGAGCACUCCACACAGCCCAGCACCUCUGGGUAACAAACAUGAGGACCCGGGUCGUAUCAGGCAGUACGCUGAGAUGGCCAAAGCGCUCCAGCACGAUGACAUCCCCGUGUCACACGCAGACUGUGAGAGCUGCAACAUUCCGUGCGAAUACAAGGACAGGCCGGAGGGUAAUGGCCCAACCGCUCAGAUCGGCAACGCGUGGGACGGCAAGACGUACGAAGAGUACGUUGAGGACAAGUAUGGAAACAUCGAGGGGAUGCCAGACACGGUCGAGCAGGACUGGGAGAGUGACCUGCCUGGCAGUGGUGGACCGCCUGUGGGCCGCGUCGUCGUCAUCUCCACGGGCAAGAGCAACUGGUUGCGCGACCACGUCGAGGAGGAGGAGGGACUGGCGCACCAGAUCAAUGAGGUGUUGCAGGAGCAGCCGAACACGGAGAAGAAGAGCAAGGGCGGAAACCCACUCGAUCCCUCGACGUACAUCAAGGCGAGCGCGUUCCCUACCCCCUCCUCGCCCUUCACUAAACCCGUGACGCAGUUGCCCGCGCUCUACUCGAGCAGCAUGGUCAGCCAGUCGGACGACCCAACAGACCAGAUGACCAUCGUCUUCCCCGACUGGAAGGUGUGCUUGGAGGUGGAGAACUCGCGUGAGGGCGCUCAGUCGCUGUGGGACGGCGCACUGUCUGGUACGCUUGGGCGUGCCGGACGCCUGCUCCAGAAGGACGGGGAGGGAGUUGAGCGCCGUCGGUCAUUUGUGCUGCCGUACCGCGCCAUCGUCCUGCUAUGCUCCCACAAGAACCGCGACAAGCGAUGCCACAUCGCGGCGGGGCUACUGCGUCCGGUCCUCCUCGACUGUCUGGAGCGCAACGGUGUGACGGUCGACGAAGUCGGCUCGUCGCUUGCGAAUCUGGAUGGGCCACCCCUCGAGGAGCUGGAAGCCACUGAUGCCGAGCGCGAGGCCGAGGUUGGGCGACGCAUCGAGAAUAUCGAGAGCGUGCAGGGAGGUCAGGGUGGCGAGGUCGGCGUUUUCAACAUCAGCCAUCUCGGAGGUCACCGCUAUGCUGGCGUUAUGCUUAUCCUCUUCCCAUCGGGUGCGUAUCUGUCGUACGGACGCGUCUCUCCGCACGAGAUUCCUCGUGUCGUCGAGGAAACGAUCCUCCAAGGCAAAGUGGUGCCGGGAUUGAUCCGCAGCGGAACUGGCCUGGCGCGCCCGGGGGCGGCGAACAAGGACAUGGGUUUCUUGUCGUGGUAG